AUGACGUCACCAAGCGCCAUAUUGCAGGUGAGUGCGUUGAUUCAUGGGAAGGAUGUUUUACGCUUUUUCUCAUCCGGGAAACUUGCUUCCUGUGACCUUCAUUUUACCGGCGUAAGGAAGACAACGUGGUUUCACACGCGAUUGUCUUUUCUUUGCCAAAACGCAAUUUUAAACGCUCGUCACCGCCUAAUUGGAAUGAGCAAAGAUCUCUUAGACUACCCUUUCUGCCAUGAUGUCAACAAAUACGAAAGGAUGGUUAAAAUUGGCCAAGGAACCUUCGGGUUUGUUGACUGUUUCAGUCCGCCAUUUUGAUAAUUCGACUUGCUUUGUCGUUACGUUCAACGACAUUGAUUGUAAGAAUUAUUUUGCAGCGAGGUGUUCAAGGCACGCAACCGAAAGAAUACCAAAGAAAUCGUUGCCCUCAAGAAGGUCCUCAUGGACAACGAGAAAGAAGGGGUAUUUAAUGUUCUUGUGAAUACAUGCUUUCCUUAGUGUUAAUUUCGUAGAGUUCCAUGUUUGUUUUGUAGUGACUGAACUUUUGGUGUUUUUUGCACCAUAUGUUCAGUUCCCUAUCACGGCCCUCAGAGAGAUUAAGAUCCUUCAGUUGCUGAAGCAUGAGAAUGUGGUUAACCUGUUGGAGAUUUGUCGUACUAAAGGUAAGUCGUGUUGUCCUCCCUUCGCCUACGUAAUAUGUGUCAGAAUGCAUGGUUUAGAGUGUUUUUGCUAUGGAGCUGUCUUUGUGUCUUGCUGGAUACCUGUCGAUAAUAUGAGCAAACAUUAAGAUUUAUAUUCAAGAUGUGGAUUGUUAGUGCUUUGAUAUUCUCUUCUUAAAUUGACAACUUAAUUUUUUUAAGGAAAAAAAUGUCUUGCAUUGACCAAAGAGGCUAAACGUAAUCUUAUGAUAACUGGGUGACAUCCUGCAUGCUCAUUUAUGGAGAGCUAUAGACCAAGGGAAUGACCUAAUGGGGAAACUGGCCGCUUCGAUACAAAUUCAUUUUGAUGCACACCCAAGCAGUGAAAUUGCAGAGAAGUUUCAUUCACUUCAUGCAUCAGUGCUUGACUUUCAGAAAAAAAUGUUGGGGCCGGCUGGCCCCCAAGUUUUCAUUUUUGGUUGGCUGAACAAGACAGUAUUCUACAAUCUUGGACAAAAUAAAUGGAAAACCUACACCCCCCCUCCCCCCCAAAUCAAGGAUGGGAAAAUGGUGCGUUUUUGCCCUUCGCGUGGCUUGAUCCUUGAUUUGGGGGGGAUGGGGGUUUGCUGUUCCAUUUUAUUUUGUCCAAGAUUGUAGUCGCCAAAAAUUGUAUCUAAGAACUAACAGAAUACAAUAAACUUAACCUCUUUUACUUAGCCAUACCAGAGAAAGAAUGCUUUACACUUCCUUUGAACUUUCUUUCGAGUAGUUUUCGCUCGAGGCUCGGUUACCAGCUUGUGUUCAGAAAAAUGAACCCGCACUCAAGCGUACAUCUCCUCAAACAAGUAUUCAAGCAAUGGAAUACACAAUUAGAUAAACAAACUUUAGGAAUCACAAAAAAUCUUCUUUCUGUUAUUAAAGAACAAAAUCUGCAAAAUUUGUCUUGUAUCCCAUGUAUUGGCAUAUUCAGAAAUGAACAUCAGUGAAACUUGAUCUAUUUCACAGUUGCCUAGCAUGUGAUCGAAAGUCCUCCAGAAAGAGAAAACAUCGCUAAUGUUUUCGGGCAAAGCAUUUGAUUUCGUGAGAAGUCUGUGAGACAAACAGCAUGAGUACAACAGUACUUCUUUAGAAGUCAAUAAAGUAUGGCAGAGCUUUUGCUCAACAGAAAUUUUCAUAAAGUUGUUUACAAGAGGCUUGAGAAAUAUGCGCUGUUGUUCUCGAUUAGCUUAAGCUUUUAUCAGAUUAAUCUGCUAUUGAGUCCGCAAUCAAGAUGUGUGUUCGACAUAAAGAAACAGUUUUAAAUAAGCACUAAAAUUCAUUGCCAAAGAAACACAGGACGACCUGUUGAGAAUUGGGAUCGAUUUGUCCGAAAGUCAAUAAGACUUCCGUUGAAAACUAUCUGUUCGUUUUGUAAAGGAUAACAAAUUAUCGUUAGUGCAUGCUUUUGCCAAAGAAGAAAGUCACCUAUCUUGAAAUUGACACAGUAUGUUUUGUAAAGAUUGUCCAAGUUUCAGCCCAGCGUGGAAAGAAAGUUGUGUCGGAUAACACGGGGCUAGUCGAUUUUGCUAUCGGGCUAGUGAUUUUUGUUCUUAACUUGCCCGAUGGUUAUGUUAUUCUGAACAGACUCUGUGGAUUGCUCUUAAUAUUAAGACAUUAACUUUUGAAAACUAUUAAGGUUGUUUAAUGUUGACGCAAAUUCAGUUUUGUCUCGUCUGGAAUAACUCAAUCCUGGCCAUUUUGGGUCUUAGUUUGGUCGAAUUUUACUUCAUAAAACCCUCAGGGUUCGCAAAUACGCCAAAUGUGGCGUAUUUUACGCCAAAAUUGUUCAGAUGACUCCACGGAGGUUACGGAGGGAGUCACUUCGACUCCAGAAAUUUUCGGUAACAAGCACAGUUUUGUCCUUACCUUUUUCACAACAAAUACAAUUCACGUUAAUUGUAAACGUUGUAAACCUUAAUUAAAUCAUCGAAAUUAAAGAAUUAUACUGCACGACAAAACAGGAAGAGGGUAAAUUACGAUCAAGGUUUACUCGAUGACCGCCAUCAUGGAUUUGAGCUUUCCAGGUCAGCAGACCGCCACGGCUACUUUGUGUAUCCCUCACGAUAGUGUGUACAUGCCAGGACCACGUGCUGGAAAGUCUGAAAAUGGCUUUUUUCGUUGUGAUACUUGACUCCAAAUAUUCCAAAAUGACUCCAAAAUUUGUGAAGCAGAAGUCACACUGACUCCACUCAUCAAUAAGAUUUGCAAACCCUGAACCCUUAUUGCUCUUUGUAGUGCUUUUACAUCGCGAUACAAAGUUUUCAUAACACUAACGCGACAGUCUUGCGUAUCAGUGAAUCCAUAAGGAUAGGAAGUAAAUUUUGAUUGGUUCUCAAAAAAACCCCAGCAUUGGAACAGAGUUUUACGCUUCAGGGUUAUAUGCUUCUGGUAGCAGUGAAUAUUAAAGUUGUUUGUAAUGUCUAAACUGCAAAAUACAGGGCCACCUACCAUACAAGGUGUCUUAUUUGAGGCAUUUUCGUUAACUGUCAAGUUAAAUGAGCUACCAAAUAUAUAGGUCAAAGCCAUCCACUACCAAGAUUGUGACUUCCAUGUGAUGUGAUAGUCAAGUGGGCAAGUGAGCUUAAAAAGUCAACUUGACCAGACCAUGGGGCAGGCUGUUUUUCAAACACUGCUUUUUAGCUCUGAGAGAAGUAUGGUGUCCCCCAAGUUGAUUGUUAUCUGCUACAGCAAAAGUUACUGCUCUACCUAGGUAUUUUUAUUUUAUUCUGCUGUCCCAAAAAUUGUCAUACGUUUAUGUUUGGCCAAUUUAAAUUGGCCCCUACAGCUGGCAUUAUAGAAAAAGUUAUGUUAUUCACUUGUCAUUUUACCUGGGAUCUAAACCUGGUUUAAAUAAAAUUCAUGUGAAAGAGAUAGAUAAUAAUUGGCAUAAACUUGUACCGCUAUUAUUUUUCAAAAUUGAUACUUUCAUUUGGAAAAUUUGAUCAAUUACAUGAAGAGCAUCUUUGUCCCUGGUAGCAGUGAAGAUGCAGUUUGUCAACAGACUUACUGGCCUCACCAAAAUCGUGGGAAAAACAACAAAGUUGAUAAUCUAUAGCUUCGAUGAUUCUGGGGCUCAUGUCCUUAAUGAAGACCUGUUUACUAACUCUUUCUCACUCUCACUUCCUCUUUUGUAGCAUCUCCGUACAACCGUAAUAAGGGGAGUAUCUACCUUGUGUUUGAGUUUUGUGAACAUGACCUUGCUGGCCUGCUGAGCAAUCAUAACAUCAAGUUCUCAUUGUCAGAGAUGAAGAAGUUAAUGCAGAUGUUGUUGAAUGCACUCUACUUCAUCCACAGCAAUAAGAUUCUACAUCGAGAUAUGAAGGCUGCAAAUAUUCUCAUUACUAAGAAUGGUGUUUUGAAACUAGCUGAUUUUGGGCUAGCUCGUGCUAUUCAUUUAAACAAAGAACAAACACAACGCUACACCAACAGGGUAGUCACUCUUUGGUACAGACCACCGGAAUUGUUACUAGGAGAGAGAAAUUAUGGCCCACCCAUUGAUUUAUGGGGUGGAGGCUGCAUCAUGGCAGAGCUUUGGACACGAACACCUAUAAUGCAAGGAAAUUCGGAGCAGCACCAGUUGACCCUAAUAAGUCAUUUAUGCGGCUCAAUAACAACUGAAGUGUGGCCUGGAGUGGAAAAGCUGGAUUUGUUCAACAAGAUGGUGCUGCCUGCAAAUCAGAAACGGCGUGUCAAGGAAAGACUGCAUAGCUAUGUGAAAGAUAAACUUGCACUUGAUUUGAUUGAUCAGAUGUUGACGAUUGACCCAACCCACAGAAUUGACGCCGAUACUGCUUUGAAUCAUGAUUUCUUUUGGAGUGAUCCUUUGCCAACUGACCUCACUCGUACUCUGAGUUCUGUCAGUACUUCCAUGUUCGAGUUUCUGGCACCACCUCAUGGACGCAGAGGACAGGUACAGCCUCCUGCAGCUGCUGCCCAGGCUCGUGCUGCUGCUGCAGCUGCAAAUCAGUCCAGUGUUGUUCAAAGUGGGACAUUUGACAGGGUAUUUUAAUUUUAUAUUAUGGACAUGAUUGACUAAGUUGCAUUUAUGACUGUCAACAUAAUUAUAGUGAAGUAUACAAAAAAUGUUAUCGUAUUUAAGGCAUUAAUCACAGCAAAUAAAUGAAAGACACAGGGAGAAAUACAAACAAAAUAGAAAACAACAAAAAAAUUGUAAAAGAAAAAGAAAAAAGCAACAAAAAAAACAAAAGAAAAAGAAUUUACCAACAAAAAAUUUCAAAAAUUUUUGUAAGAGAAAGAAAAAAAAACAUAAAUAUGAAGGUCAUGCUUUUAAACCUCAAAAUCAAAGCUUUUUAUUGCAGUGUGUUGUGUAACCAUUGAUGCAAUUUUCAAGCUCCUUGCUAGUUUGUUUUGUUAACAAGGCUUGGUACAAUUUUGUAGUUCAUAAAAUUAAAAUAGUACAGUGCUAAUGGAACAAUAAUAUCCUUAAAAACAUUAAUUCUAGCAGUGAAACGUUAUUGCUGUAUAAGUAUUGUGUAUACGCAGACUCUGAAAGAAAUCACAUAGAGUUGGCUCAUCAAAACAUUGAGGGCUUACUACUUUUAAAAGUUCUGCCAAAUAGAAAUUAAGUUGUGACAUACAAGUAGCACAAUAGAUGUUUUUGCCAUUGUAAGUCCUAUGAAAGGUGACUUAAAGUUGUUUGGUAUUCACCUCAUGUUAAGUUUGAGUGCAAGAUUAUUUUUGUAAUUUUUUUUAAUGCAUUUAACAAAGCUGGAAAUAAUAGUUGGCUGAUGAAAUGCCAUAGUUAAACAGAUAAUUUAAGGUUUUGAGCCAUGCUGGGACAUGGUGUAUAUGCCCUUAAGUGGCUGCUUGAAGUAUGCAUUUUACUUCAAAAACAAUUUAUACAAAGAAAUGAUAUUGCCACUUACUUUUGCUGUGAAUUGCUGGCAUAACUUGGAAUUGGCUCUGUGACUUACAGUUGAUCGAUAAAUUAUUUCCAGCUCUGCAAAGUACCAGUGUGUAAACAGACAUUUAUAACAAAGAAUAGCCAUCAUGUGGCUAUGUUUUCAAAACAGUUUUUCCUGUUCACUUCCCUUUUUUUAUAUUCUUUACAGUUCAAAUAUGUCCUUUUGGAUGCCUUGAGCUAAGUGCAGCUGUAUUUAAAUUGUAUAGUAUAAAUCUUUCAAACCAUAGCAGAGGUGUCCUGUUUUUGUUUGAAUUUAAACAGUUCUUUUAAGAAAUUUCCUAAGUGGCCAAUGUUGUCAUAAAGAAAAAAAAUAAGGGUAGAGUGAUAGACUGUUUACUACACUGGUUAUACCUAGCACUAACAUAGAAUGGCAAUAAACUAAAACAGAAGAACUUU